CAGAGGCUUCUCAGUUCGCUCUGUUCUGAGUCAUAGAUUGGACAUAAGAUAUAGGCUACUUCCUUUUUGAUUUCAGUAGAAGAAAGAAGCAAAUAUGUCAAACAGUAAAGACCUUGAGGAUCUCAAUGAAGAGGAUAUUGAUGAGGAUGAACUUCUUGCUAUGCUUUCGCCGGAGGAGCUUAAGGAGCUCCAGAGUGAAAUGGAUGUUAUUAUCGCCCCAGAUGAGAGGGUACCGGUGGGCCAGAGACAAAAGGACCAGACGGAAAAACUUCCAACAGGAACGUUUGACCACCGAUCGCUGGUUGGUUACCUCUACUGGGAGAAAGAGUCCAACCGUAUGCUUGAGGAAGAAAGAGUGCCUACUACUCUGCUGCCCAGUGAGAGAACUUUGAGGGAGGAAAAGAAAGAAGAAGAAGAAGACGUGGAGUAUGAAGUGAUAGAGGAAGUCAUUGAGGAAGAAGUUGUAGAUGGUACAGAUGGAGAGGAAAUUAUAGAGGAGAUCAUUGAGGAAAUUGUUGAAGUCGUUGACGAGACGGAUGAAGCGGAUGAAAAUGAAAAACGAGUGGAAGAAGAGAUAAAAACAGAAAACCAUGAAAAUAUAAACAAGCAUGUAGAUCAACUAGACACUAACACGGAAAAUGUAUCGGAAAACAAUACAGAUGACAAUCAGCCUUUAUCAGACACAAAGGAGAAGACUGAGAGCGUAGCCCAAAGGCCCGGCACAUCACAAGUUGAAGAGAAAGAGGAAAUUAAAACUACAGACUCUUCGCUUCCCAAAGAGGCAGCAGAGGAGCCGGAGAUACAAGAAACCAAUGAUAAGCUCCCGCAGAAAGAAGAGAGAACAAUUAACAAAUUAAAUAUACCGAAGCUAGCAUUCAAUAAUAUAAAAAUGACAUCAAGACCCUCAGGAAAUGAGACAAACUUGGAGACGACUCUUGACAAAGUCCGCAACAACAACCCCUCUAUCACUGAGAUUAAUUUAAACAACAUAGAAAACAUUCCCAAAGAGAUGCUCUUAGACUACGUCAACGCUUUGAAGAAGAACAGACAAGUGAAAACAUUCAGCAUAGCCAACACCGGUGUGGAUGAAAAUAUCUCUUUCCACCUGGCUAACAUGUUACGAGAGAAUCGAAGCAUUACCACUUUGAACAUCGAGUCUAACUUUGUAACCGGAAAGGGCAUCGUGGCCAUCAUCCGCUGCCUCCAAUUCAACGAGACCCUCACAGAGCUGCGUUUUCACAACCAGAGGCACAUGCUGGGUCACCACGCAGAGAUGGAGAUCUCACGCCUGCUCAAGGCCAACAACACCCUCCUGAAGAUGGGCUACCACUUUGAGCAGGCGGGGCCCAGGAUGGUGGUGACCAACCUUUUGACCCGGAAUCUGGACCGCCAGAGGCAGCUGAGGAAGGAGGAUCAGAAGCAGCAGCAGGCCAUGGAGCAGAAGAAGAUGAUGCAGAUGUAUGAGAACAGUCUAAACCUGCCUCCUGGUUUGCUUGAGAUGCUCGGGUAUGUAUCGUCUAUGGAACUCCUGCAGGAGCAUGGGUUUGUCCCACCCUCGUCUGAACCGAGCAGCGAACAUCAAAAGCAGCACGAGACAAAACAAGAGCCCCAGAAGAAGGUGAAACAAAACAGCACUCCCAAACAACCCAGUGCCGAACCAGCAGGCUCUUUGAGGGACGUCCAGCUGAAGAGGACUCCCAAGAAACGUGACCCUUUUCUGGACCUGGACCCGAGGGAUAACAAGAGACCCCAGCCAGCUCAUUUCCAACUGAAGAAAACUCACCGGGCGAUGGAUGUAGGCGAUGGAGAGGUGAUAGAUGAGAGACCAAACCUGACUGAAGUGAUUAAGACUUUGAAGCCCGUCCCUCGCAAACGAGAGCCAGCUAAGAUUGACUUCACACCCCGUGAUGAUCUGCUGAGUGAAAUUAAAAAGAGCAACGUGGCCUAUUUGAAAAAUGUGCCGCUCCCCAAAGAAUUGGAAUCGGCUGAAACAAGUCUCUUCUGAGGCUGAAACUUGCUACAGCUGUUGGUUUUCUUCACCAUACUGUAUGUUUAUUUUACAUAUAUCAUAUAGUUAACUGCAAAAUAAGAGUGAAACCAUACUUUUAUUACACAAAAAUAAAUAUUGGAUGGUUGUUGUUCCACACUAAAUACUGAUGCUUUAGUUACUCAUAAAAAAAGCUAUAAAUGAGUAAGAAUGCCCCAUAUUAAGCUUUUGCCGUUGCUCAUAUAUUUCUUGACAUUGCUUGUUAAAAUAAAUGUAGGUUUAUAGGUUUGUUUGAUUAAUGUUAGAUGUAUUCUCGAGCUAUCCUGUUCAAUAUAUUUACUUUUUGUUAU